GACUUUCUUGGAAACAAGCAUAUUGCCUCUAUAGUCUAUACCCACAUGACCAUAUAUAGGGCGAGGCAACCACAGAGAAGAGAAGCACGAAAAGUUGCACAGUAGCGAUCUAAAAAAGAAAAAUCAAGAUUUGGGUUUGGUUUGAUAUUUAGAGAAAAGAAAUGGGUUUCUCAGAGGUAGAGAAAGCAUGCAAGGAGCACCCAUACCACAAUCAAAAGCAAGGGGUUUGUCCAUCAUGUUUAAGAGAAAGAUUAUCUCAACUUUAUGUAGUUGUUUCAAGCAACAAAGAAGCAGUGGCACCAUCUUCUUCUUCGAUGUCUUUUUCCUCUGCUUCAUCUUCGACCCAUAUAUCUCCAGUUAUUCAUCAUCAUCGUCAUCAGCGAAACAUUUCUGAUAUUAUGGGUUCCAUAUCUUUCAGGGUAAGUGCAGGAAGUGGGUUAAAGAAGAGUAGAUCGAUUGCUUUUGUGUCGAGAAGCAGCCUUGUUGGAGAGUUGAAGCACGGGACGAAGAAGAAUAAGAAAGGUUUUUGGUCAAAGUUACUUCAUUUGAAGGGAAAGAAUAAGGAGGCUAAUAUUGGUGGAAAGAUUGCUUUGAAUGUAUAGACUUUGCUUCAAAAAAGGAAGGAGGGGUAGCGGUACCGAAGUUGUCUCCAUGGCUACGUGCUCUCAAGCUCUCGAGUUCGAGAUUCGAGAUUUCAAGUCCUUUAAUUUGAAUUUUAGUCAGAAUCAAUUGUACCAAACAAAAACAAAAAGAAGGGCUUUUAGAAACUAUGAGAUGUUUAUAUAGCUUUAUUUUGUGUUAUAUAUGAAAAUCUGGAUCUUUUCCUUC